GUCAGACUGAGACAGAGAACCAUCAUUAAUUGAAGUGAGAUUUUUCUGGCCUGAGACUUGCAGGGAGGCAAGAAGACACUCUGGACACCACUAUGGACAGCCUCUUGAUGAACCGGAGGAAGUUUCUUUACCAAUUCAAAAAUGUCCGCUGGGCUAAGGGUCGGCGUGAGACCUACCUGUGCUAUGUAGUGAAGAGGCGGGACAGUGCUACAUCCUUUUCACUGGACUUUGGUUAUCUUCGCAAUAAGAACGGCUGCCACGUGGAAUUGCUCUUCCUCCGCUACAUCUCGGACUGGGACCUAGACCCUGGCCGCUGCUACCGCGUCACCUGGUUCACCUCCUGGAGCCCCUGCUACGACUGUGCCCGACAUGUGGCCGACUUUCUGCGAGGGAACCCCAACCUCAGUCUGAGGAUCUUCACCGCGCGCCUCUACUUCUGUGAGGACCGCAAGGCUGAGCCCGAGGGGCUGCGGCGGCUGCACCGCGCCGGGGUGCAGAUAGCCAUCAUGACCUUCAAAGAUUAUUUUUACUGCUGGAAUACUUUUGUAGAAAACCAUGAAAGAACUUUCAAAGCCUGGGAAGGGCUGCAUGAAAAUUCAGUUCGUCUCUCCAGACAGCUUCGGCGCAUCCUUUUGCCCCUGUAUGAGGUUGAUGACUUACGAGACGCAUUUCGUACUUUGGGACUUUGAUAGCAACUUCCAGGAAUGUCACACACGAUGAAAUAUCUCUGCUGAAGACAGUGGAUAAAAAACAGUCCUUCAAGUCUUCUCUGUUUUUCUUCUUCAACUCUCACUUUCUUAGAGUUUACAGAAAAAAUAUUUAUAUAUGACUCUUUAAAAAGAUCUAUGUCUUGAAAAUAGAGAAGGAACACAGGCCUGGCCAGGGACGUGCUGCAAUUGGUGCAGUUUUGAAUGCAACAUUGUCCCCUACUGGGAAUAACAGAACUGCAGGACCUGGGAGCAUCCUAAAGUGUCAACGUUUUUCUAUGACUUUUAGGCAGGAUGAGAGCAGAAGGUAGAUCCUAAAAAGCAUGGUGAGAGGAUCAAAUGUGUUUAUAUCAACAUCCUUUAUUAUUUGAUUCAUUUGAGUUAACAGUGGUGUUAGUGAUAGAUUUUUCUAUUCUUUUCCCUUGACGUUUACUUUCAAGUAACACAAACUCUUCCAUCAGGCCAUGAUCUAUAGGACCUCCUAAUGAGAGUAUCUGGGUGAUUGUGACCCCAAACCAUCUCUCCAAAGCAUUAAUAUCCAAUCAUGCGCUGUAUGUUUUAAUCAGCAGAAGCAUGUUUUUAUGUUUGUACAAAAGAAGAUUGUUAUGGGGAGGGAUGGAGGUAUAGACCAUGCAUGGUCACCUUCAAGCUACUUUAAUAAAGGAUCUUAAAAUGGGCAGGAGGACUGUGAACAAGACACCCUAAUAAUGGGUUGAUGUCUGAAGUAGCAAAUCUUCUGGAAACGCAAACUCUUUUAAGGAAGUCCCUAAUUUAGAAACACCCACAAACUUCACAUAUCAUAAUUAGCAAACAAUUGGAAGGAAGUUGCUUGAAUGUUGGGAAGAGGAAAAUCUAUUGGCUCUCGUGGGUCUCUUCAUCUCAGAAAUGCCAAUCAGGUCAAGGUUUGCUACAUUUUGUAUGUGUGUGAUGCUUCUCCCAAAGGUAUAUUAACUAUAUAAGAGAGUUGUGACAAAACAGAACGAUGAAGCUGCGAACCGUGGCACACGCUUAUAGUUCGGCUGCUUGGGAGGUUGAGGAGGGAGGAUGGCUUGAACACAGGUGUUCAAGGCCAGCCUGGGCAACAUAACAAGACCCUGUCUCUUAAAAAAAAAAAAAAAAAAAAAAAAAAAAAAGAGAGAGGGCCUGGCGUGGUGGCUCACGCCUGUAAUCCCAGCACUUUGGGAGGCCGAGCCGGGCGGAUCACCUGUGGUCAGGAGUUUGAGACCAGCCUGGCCAACAUGGCAAAACCCCGUCUGUACUAAAAAUACAAAAAUUAGCCAGGCGUGGUAGCAGGCACCUGUAAUCCCAGCUACUCGGGAGGCUGAGGCAGGAGAAUCGCUUGAACCCAGGAGGUGGAGGUUGCAGUGAGCCGAGGUUGUGCCGUUGCACUCCAGCCUGGGCGACAAGAGCAAGACUCUGUCUCAGAAAAAAAAAAAAAAAAAAAAAAAGAGAGAGAGAGAGAGAAAGAGAACAAUAUUUGGGAGAGAAGGAUGGGGAAGCAUUGCAAGGAAAUUGUGCUUUGUCCAACAAAAUGUAAGGAGCCAAUAAGGGAUCCCUAUUUGUCUCUUUUGGUGUCUAUUUGUCCCUAACAAUUGUCUUUGAUAGUGAGAAAAAUAUUCAGAAUAACCAUAUCCCUGUGCAGUUAUUACCUAGCAACCCUUGCAUUGAAGAUGAGCAGAUCCACAGGAAAACUUGAAUGCACAACUGUCUUAUUUUAAUCUUAUUGUACAUAAGUUUGUAAAAGAGUUAAAAAUUGUUACUUCAUGUAUUCAUUUAUAUUUUAUAUUAUUUUGCAUCUAAUGAUUUUUUAUUAACAUGAUUUCCUUUUCUGAUAUAUUGAAAUGGAUUCUCAAAGCUUCAUAAAUUUAUAACUUUAGAAAUGAUUCUAAUAACAAUGUAUGUAAUUGUAACAUUGCAGUAAUGGUGCUACGAAGCCAUUUCUCUUGAUUUUUAGUAAACUUUUAUGACAGCAAAUUUGCUUCUGGCUCACUUUCAAUCAGUUAAAUAAAUGAUAAAUAAUUUUGGAAGCUGUGAAGAUAAAAUACCAAAUAAAAUAAUAUAAAAGUGAUUUAUAUGAAGUUAAAAUAAAAAAUCAGUAUGAUGGAAUAAA